UCCCCAAAGACACUUCUGACCUUUUGCACCAGUGGAGUGUUCCUCAGAACGUUGAUGGCUGGAGAUGCCAGCAUGAUAACUGUCACACAUGUCAUCGUGGACGAGGUGCACGAGCGUGAUGGUCUGACUGAUUUCCUCCUCACUAAGAUGCGGGAUGUGCUUCAGACAAUCCCCAUGCUGAAGCUGAUUCUCUCCAGUGCAGCUCUGGAUAUAGACCUGUUCCUUCAGUAUUUUGGUUCCUGCCCCGUUAUCCACCUCAAAGGAAGACAGUUUGAAGUGAAGGAACUCUUCCUGGAGGACAUUCUGAGGCUGACAGGCUUUAACAAGGACAUAAGGAAAUACAAGGAAGACAUACAGAGAAAGGAGAGGGAGCAGAAACAUUUGACAGAGUGGUGUAAGGCAGUGGAGAACAGUAAUGUUGAGGAGGGACAGGGAACCCUUGUGUCUGCCUCAGGCUGCCUCCAGGACAGCAGCUCCUUGGACAGAGUGGACAACACCUCCAGCAAGCAUGAGAAUGAGACAGAGCAGCUAGAGCUGUGGGUGCAGAGGGAGAUGGACUCCAGCAUCUCCAACGCUUUCCUCAACAAAGACGAGGAUGCUUUCAUUCGACUCUUCAACCUCAUUCUCUAUGAAAAUGUUAACGUGGACUACAGGCACAGUGAGACAGGGGCCACGCCUCUGAUGGUGGCAGCAGGCCGAGGGCUCUUCACUCAGCUGGAGCAGCUGCUCAGUAUGGGGGCAGACAUCAACAUUAAGGCAUCCAAUGGAUGGACAGCCUUAGACUUUGCCGAACACUUCGAGCAGACAGCUGCGAUAGAUCUUCUUAAAUCAUCCAUUCCUUUGAAAAAGGGGAGCAGCCACGAUGAGUCCACUGUGGUGCAGAGUGGCAGUGCAGAGAUGAGCACUGAGGAGCAGGAUCUGCUUAAAUUGUACCACCACAGCUUCAACGAUGAGUGGGUGGACCUGGACCUCAUCAUGGAUGUGCUGCACAACAUCUGCUCCACCACCUUUGACGGUGCUGUUCUCAUUUUUCUUCCUGGAUACAGUGAGAUAGUGGCACUCAGGGACUGCAUCCUGUAUGACGAUAAGAGAUUCUCCACCCACUCUGAGAGGUACCAGGUGUUCACUCUCCAUUCAGACAUGCAGACUCUGGAUCAGAAGAAAGCCAUGAAGCCCUCUCCUCAUGGUGUCCGCAAGAUAAUCCUGUCUACAAACAUUGCUGAGACGAGCAUCACCAUCAAUGACGUGGUGUUUGUCAUUGAUUCAGGAAAGGUCAAAGAGAAGUCUUUCGAUACUCUCACUCAUGUCUCCAUGUUAAAGACUGUUUGGAUCUCAAAAGCCAGCGCUCUGCAAAGGAAGGGAAGAGCUGGCCGCUGCAGACCAGGGAUAUGCUUUCACCUCUUCAGUCGACUCAGGUUCAAGAGCAUGCAGGAAUUUCAGGUUCCACAGCUGCUGCGGAUGCCUCUGCAGGAAUUGUGUCUGCAAACCAAACUGCUGGCCCCGUCCUCCUGUCCAGUCGCUAAGUUCUUGUCCAAAGCUCCACAGCCUCCUGCUGCACAUGCCAUCAAGAAUGCUGUGCAAAUGUUAAAGACAAUCGAUGCGAUGGACCAGUAUGAAGACCUGACUGAUCUGGGCUACCACCUGGCUGAUCUACCUAUUGAGCCCCACCUGGGCAAGAUGGUGCUGUGUGCUGUGGUGCUCAAGUGUCUGGACCCCAUUCUAACCAUUGCCUGUACGCUGGCAUAUCGCGACCCUUUCAUCCUUCCUGCCGAGGGCUCGCAGAAAAAAGCUGCUCUGCUUUGCCGCAAACGCUUCACUUCCUUGACCUUCAGUGACCACAUGGCCCUGCUCAGAGCCUUCCAGGCAUGGCAGAAGGCCCGCAGUGAUGGCUGGGAGAAAUCUUUCUGUGAGAAGAACUUCCUGUCCAAGGCAACCAUGUACAUGAUACUGGGCAUGAGGACACAGCUGCUGGGACAGCUCCGUGCCAUUGGGUUCGUGCGAGCCCGUGGGGGCAGUGACAUCCGUGAUGUGAAUCAGAACUCGGAGAACUGGGCUGUGGUGAAGGCAGCCCUGGUGGCUGGCAUGUAUCCAAACAUGGUCCAUAUCAACCAGGAGAACUCCCUGCUCUCUAGUCACAGGAAGAAGAAGGUCCACUUUCAUCCCACAUCAAUCCUGAGCCAGCUCAAGGAGUUCAGCCCAGCCAAAUCUGCCCAGGCCCUUCCCACAGACUGGUUGAUCUAUGAUGAGAUGAGCCAAGGUCACAGGAUGGCCAGCGUCCGCUGUUGCUCCCUGGUGACUCCCAUCACUGUGGCCAUAUUUGCAGGGUGUGCCAAACUGCCCAGCCCUGCCCUGCAGGAGCCCGCUGUACACAACGCUAAUGACAGUGACAGUGAGCCAGAGGAUCUGGCUGAAUUGAGGCUUGAUGACUGGCUCACCUUCAAACUGGACAGAGAGACUGCAGGACUGGUGUUUGAACUUAGGCAGAAGUGGCAAAGUCUGUUCAUCAAGAGGAUCCGUUGUCCUUCAAAGCCGUGGUCUCAACAAGACGAGGCCAUUAUCCGUACCCUGGUCUCUGUUCUUGCAGCAGAGGAGCAGGAAGCAGGCCUGCAGCAGCCCACAGGGGUUGGCCAGAGGCCCCGGCCUAUGUCAUCAGAGGAUGGGCCCCAGGCUUUUGUGAAGAACUCCAAGCACAGCCCCCAGCCACACACCAAUGACAAGUCCUGUAGGAUGCCAGCAGCACAGACUGUGCUCCAAAGGAAUGGCCACAGCAGAGAUGAAGCCUCACUGCCCAGAAAUCAGCUCCGUGAUGAGCCUCACUCCUCCAGUAACGCGUCCUGCUCUUUGACCUUGGACAGUCCCUUGGACAGCCCCUGUCCGUCGUCCUCAGGAAAGAUCUCAAAGCCACUGUCCUCUCAGUCAGUCUUUUCAUCAGCGCGCUACUUCAUCAUGAAGAGCAGCAACAUCAGGAACAUUGACAUCUCUCAGCAGAAAGGGAUCUGGUCCACCACACCGAACAAUGAGAGCAAACUCACCAGAGCCUUCCUGGAGAAUAACCUCAUCAUCCUCAUCUUCUCUGUUCAGGGCUCUGGACACUUCCAGGGCUAUGCUCACAUGACCUCCAUCAUCGGUCAGGAGAGCUGCCAGGACUGGGCCUUCAUGGGACUCGGAGGGGUUUUCAAUGUAGAGUGGAUCCACAAAGAGAGUAUUCCCUUCCAGUGCACUCAACACAUCCUCAACCCAUGGAAUGACAACAAGAAGGUCCAGAUUAGCAGGGACGGACAGGAGUUGGAGCCCCAGGCAGGCAGCCAGCUGCUGGCACUGUGGGAGAGAAACACGGGGACCCAGCUUCAAUAAGAGUGG